AUGGACAACAGUAGCUUGGAAGACGCCGCUAACACAACACUUGAGAUCAAUCAGGACUCCUGCGCCUUGUUGAGGAACCAGGCCUUUCGUUUUAUCCUAUACGCCUUCUUUUUUAUUGGCAUCAUCUGCACAGUGGUGGGCAACUUUUUGGUGGUCUUGUCCAUUUCAUACUUUAAAAAGCUACAGUCGCCCACCAACUCGUUCGUCAUGUCCCUGGCUGUGGCCGACUGCCUCGUGGGCCUGGUCGUAAUGCCCUACAGUAUGAUUCGGACCAUCGAAGGGUGCUGGUACUUUGGCGCCCUUUUUUGCCAACUUCAUUCCAGCCUUGAUGUCAUGUUGUGUACUGCUUCCAUAUUCCAUCUGAGUUGCAUCGCUUUUGACCGCUACUACGCCGUCUGCAACCCGCUUGUUUAUUCUUUAAAAAUGUCUCAAGGUCGAGUCACAUUCCUCAUUGUCGUCUGCUGGGCCGUUCCCAUGCUAAUUUCCUUCGGUCCGAUAAUGCUAGGCCUCCAUAUUGCCGGGGUCGACGUUGUGCUCCCUCAAGACGUGUGUGUUUUCCUGGUCAAUCGAAUCUAUGCUGUCAUGGCUUCAUUGAUAGCCUUCUACCUGCCCAUGGCUAUCAUGCUGGUGGCCUACUGGAAGAUUUUCAAAGCAGCCAAGCGGCAGGCAAUGCAGAUCAGCGCCAUGGAAAGCCAGAUGGCUGCCGGAGUGGGGAAAGACUCAAGCAAAAAGAAGAAGCACCGCAACACCAUGAAGAGAGAGCGAAAGGCAGCGAAAACCUUGGGUAUCAUCAUGGGCGUCUUCCUCAUCUUCUGGAUGCCAUUUUUUACUGUCAACAUCGUGGACCCCUUUAUUGAUUACAGCACAGAAGUGGUCAUCUGGGACAUAUUUUUAUGGUUGGGAUACAUCAACUCAUCACUAAAUCCCUUCUUGUAUGGUUUCUUUAACCGCUCCUUUCGUAGGGCAUUCCUCAUGUUCAUGGGCUGUCGGGUUUGUCAACCUGGAAUAUCUCCUGGAAUGGAGCUUUCACAUACCAGGAAAGAAGCAAAUGACUGUGCAGAGAAAUAAUGAAGUGAUUGUUGUGGUGUGUUGGCAUCACCGAUGGUUGAGA